AACUGAGGUGUUCGGAAUGAUUCUAUGGAGCUUGUUCACUGUUUAUGUACAGGUUCUAACAGCCGUAGGUGUACUGACCUCCAAUUUCGAUUACUGUACUCAUGAAGCUGAGCUUUGUAAAAAUAGCGCUGCCAAGCUACACAUCGGAUGUCGACGUCAUCACAUUUUCAAUACGGAAUGUGAUUCUGAAAUGGAACAUUUCCGAAUGGAUGCAGGAAUGAAAGUAGCAGUACUUAAAAAGCACAACCAGUUAAGGUCCGAAAUAGCUCGAGGUCUCCACGGGUUUCCUACAGCCGCCAAGAUGAGUGCUCUCAAGUGGGAUGAUGAACUGGGAAGAUUGUCAUUCAACCAUGCCAUGCAGUGUUCCUUGGAUCUGAAUCUUUGUCGAAACACCGUCGAUCAUCCGGCAGUUGGUCAGAACUUGCGCACAUUUUAUUUUACGGACCGUUUCCAGUGGCCAUCGCUCGAGCAGAUGAUGGAAAGUUCGAUAGAUCUUUGGUUUAGCGAACGGAAACAAGCGGAGCCUGAUGACAUCCGGAACCUUACACCUAGUAAAGCACAAUCGAUUGGACACUUUACUCAGCUUAUUUCGGACCGAGUUGAAAGCUUAGGAUGCAAUUUAGUGCGUUACAGAGUAGCUGAUUGGGAUGAGUUUCACUUUGUGUGUUACUAUUCUACGGAAAAUGUCGAAGGAGCUCCGGUCUAUGAGAUGGGACCAACUGGCGAGAAGUGUCUUUCUGAAUUGAGCCCUGAUUUUGUGGGACUGUGCAGUGAAGUGUACGAAGACAUUUGGAAGCUGUGAAACACUGAAGUCGCCAAUUGUGUCUGUACCCACAUUUGCAUACAUUUGCCAUCAAGCAUACAAGGGCUAUAGAUUUUA